AUAUGUGUGUAGAAGAGAGUGUGGUGGACAAACAAAAGGCGAAUGUAAACUGAUUCAGACGUAACGAUAGUAGACACUUGAUCACAGUAGAUAGUGUUCUACCCCUAGGUAGUCGCAAUGGACAUACCUGUUCUUGCCCUGUAGAAUGGACUAUAAUAUUGCCGACGACGAAAAUGGCUGAUUCUGGCACACUUGUUUUACCACCUAUUGCUUCCAAACCUCGGUAUGACUCGGCUUCAGCUCUGGUUCCCGUAGUUAACCGUGAACACCAACACAUCGUAGAUGCCGUCGUUUCUCAGCUACCUGAAAUAGCAGAUAUUUUACGCCGCUCACAUAGCCAUUAUGGCAGCACUAACUCGCUAACCGAUUUGUUACUGCGAACGUCACUGAACGACGUAGAACGACUACCUCCCAUACAUCCCUCAGUUGCGAGUUCCCGGGGUGAACAAGUCACGAGGUAUAUAACCUUCGUUUCACAGCCGCCAAUCGAGAGACGACCUCCUGGCAAGAGACCAAAACAUACACCUAGAAAGACAGAGCGUCUUGGACCAGAAGAAUGUUACAGAUGUCAACUACAUACAGAACAUGUAGAGUGCGAGAAGCACAAGUACCUCCGCAUCGGCGGCGGAUUUCGUCACAGUUACUGGUACAUACGGGGAAUUCUAGAUGUCAUCGAGGAGGAACAAAGAAUCAUUGCACAGGCAGCGAUGAAAAAACUACAGGAAGAAGAAGAAGAACGUCGCCGAAAAGCAGAACCGAAACGACGGGUCAAGACGUACGUGCGAACUAAGAGCGGCAAAGUCGUCAAGAAGUAUCACUACUUUACUGAAGAUGAAUACAAGGAUUUUAAAAAAGACGACAAAACUGCGCGAAAAAUGUUGGGUCUCAGCGAAGGCGAAGAAUUGGAAGAUUAUAGUACUUCUAGGGGUGUUUAUGUACAGAGCGAUACCGGUGAAUUUAAAAAAUCAAGAAAACGUCGAGGCGAUGUUAAAGACAGUGCUUAUGAAGAUUAUGGUGAUAAUGACUCAGACAGGCACGUCCGGCACAGACGACGAAGAUACAGUGAUGAUAGCCUGGAGAGUGGUAUGGGUGGUAGUAUCGUCAGCGGGGAACGCCAGCAUCGCCGCCAUCGUCGCCAUCGGCGUCGCUCGCGGUCUUUUAGUGACUCAGAAGACAGUAGAGAUGGGUCACGUGGCGGUCGAAGACAUAGGCGUAGAGGGCGUCGACACCACUCUAGCGACGACAGUGGCACAGACGUCGGAAGCGGAGAUCGCCACCACAGAAGACGUCGCCAUCAUCGCCGAAGACGUAGCGGCAGUAGAGGGGGUAGUCGAGAUUCUAGUUACGAUAGUCAUGAUAGUCGGGAUAGGCGAAGGCGUCGGAGACGUCGUCGAAGGAGUUAUUCGUCUGGUUCGGGUAGUGAUCGAUCAAGGGAGAGAUCUACAAGACGCAGACACCGUAGACACAGGGACGACUCAUCCGACUACAGCAGUCGAAGCAGAAGUGGUGGGCGUAGACGGCGUGGGGGUGGACGGCGUCGACGACGACGAUCAUACGAUAGUGACUCAGGAAGCGCGGAUAGUAGAAGACAUUCACGGCGCCGACAUUCUGGAAGGCGCCGCCAUGGUAGGCGUCGUCGUGAUUACAGUUACAGUGAUGACGAAGGUAGUGCAUAUUCUGGAGAUUCCAGAAGAGGCCGUGGUGAAGGAAGGCGGCGGAGACGGCAUCGACGUAGAAGCUACGAUAGUUACAGCGACAGUUAUAGCGAUAAUGGCAGUGAUGGUGAAGGUGGUGGCAGGAGACGACGUGGCGGAAAACGUGGUGGUAAAGGCGGCCGCCGUCGUCGACGUCACAGUUACUCGUCUGACGAUUAUUCAGAUGACAGUCGCGAUGGUGGUGGUGGUGGUAGACGGAAAGGUCGUCGGCGCCGACGCUACAGUGACGAUGAAGAUGAUUUCAGCGAUGCUUCGAGUUCACGUCAUGGUGGAAGACGACGAGGUGGUAAAGGUGGGAGGCGUCGCCGACGAGGCAGGCGUCGAGAUAGCUACAGCGAUGGUGAAGGCAGCUACAGUGAUGAUUAUAGUGACCACGGCAGACGGAGGCGAGGGCGGAGAGGUCGGCGACGCGAUGACGAUUAUAGUAGCAGUGAUGACGAUAGUGACCACAGUAGACGGAGGCGAAGGCGAAAAGGUCGACGACGGCAUGACGAUUACAGUAGCAGUAAUGACGAUAGUGACCAGAGUAGACGGGGGCGAAGGCGAAAAGGUCGACGACGACAUGACGAUCCCAGUAGCAGUGAUGACGAUAGCGACCACAGUAGACGGGGGCGACGUCGAAGAGGCCGAGGCAGAGGCCGAGGCAGAGGCCGGCGGCAUGGUUUGACACGAGAAUCAUCCACAUCGUUUUCCAUGAGAGACUAUUAUAGCAGUGAUUCGUACAGUUCGUCCUCAAGAAGUUCGGUUGUAAGCCUUGCCAGUGCAGCUAGUAGCGUCCAUAGCAGCGAGUUGUCAAGUAUCCAUGGCGAUUUUAGCGAAAGUGAGAUCAAACGCAUGAAACAGGAAAAAAAGCUGAAGAAGAUGCAGGAGAAAAUGGAGAAGAAACAAGAGCAGAAAAUAGAACAGCGCAGGGAGAUACGGGAAGUAAAGAGAGCGGAGAAACGCAAAGAGAAGCAGGAGAAAAGGGAACGUAAGAGAGAACGGCGGAAAGAUAGAGAGCGACGACGAGGGCGGUAUUACAGUAGCAGUAGUUCGGAGAGACCAGUCAGCGCGGUCCGAAGUGAAGACGUUUCAAGCGUGCAUAGCAGCGAUGUGUCCAGUGUUUCUGGCGAUUUCAGCGAAGGCGAAAGGCGCAAACGAAAGGAAGAAAAGAAAAAGAAGUUGAAAGAACAAAAGAAAGAGAUAAAAAUGGAACAAAAAGAGCAGAAACGGAAACAAGAAAAACGAGAAAGGAGGCGGGAACGAAGAAGGCGUCGUAGUUACGUUAGUACUGUGAGCGCCGCCAGUGAAGUUAGCAGCGUCCACAGCAGUGAGUUGUCUGAUUUAACUGAUGAUGGUGAAUACAGCGAAGGUGAAAGGGCAAAACGGAUAGAAAAAAAGAAACAACGAAAGAAGGAAGAGAAACAAAAAGUGAAACAAGAGAAAAAGGUACAACAGAAAAAAGAAGAAAGGAGAAGAGAGCGGAAAGAGCGGAGGAGACGGGAAGGUGAUGAUUAUUCUAGUGAUGAUUCAUACGCACGUGGGAAACAGGAUUUUUAUGACCUUCCCGAGGAGAAACGACGCUCCAUGGUGAAGUAUGGUAAAGGAAGUAGUCGUGGACUGAGUCCAAUCGACAUGAAGGACGGUAAACGAAGAGGAAAGAAGAAAGGAAAGGGAGGGAUUGAGGAAGAUGAUUCUGAUGACUCGGGAACCGAGGUUGAGGUAACUACAUCAGAUGGAAAGAAAAUAAAAAUGAAGAAAGGUCUAAUCAAGAAACUAACACGGGAGGGGAAAUUAGACGCGAAGGGAAAGAUAAAACACAAGAUACGACUGAAAGCCGAUGGAACGUUGGCAAGAGACAGUGAUAGCGAUGCUGAAAGCGUGACCCUGGAUGCAGAGACAGUGACAAAGAUACAAAGCCAAAGUGGGCCAUUUAAAAUUAAGACGUUACUUAACAAUGAAUGGAGUGGAUUUGCCAAGACACCUGAACCACCUAAGACGCCUACCGAUGGAGGAAAAAUUAAACUUACUGGGAUCCGCAAAGUUCAAGCCGCGUUCCGCAAGGACCAAGGACGUUUACAAACACACUUACAAAAAGUUUUAGAAUCUGCCUCAGAUUUACGGGACACCGACACAAGGGGAGCAGUGGACGAGAAAGAUUCCUCCAUCGAUUUUCUUUCACAUUAUCGCCUCAUAGAGGAGUUCAAAGUUGAACCAUUUGCUAGAGCGUUUGUGAUUGAAGAUAGCAAUGAAGAUCUGAUCUUGGAUACAUCGGAACUGAAAAUUGCUUUAGAUGGCAUUCCAUCCACACAGGACGUCAAAGAGAAACAGAUAGACUAUGCAUUAAAAGUACUCGAUAUCGAUGGACACAGUAAAAUAUCAUUUAAAAUGUUUGCAAUUGUAGCUGCAGUAAUGGAACGAAUAUGUAACAUGGAACCAUAUGACAAGAAUCUGAUAGAUCAAACAAACCUAAUGGAUAUUGAACGAAAGAUGGCGCUAUACAAGGCCAUGUUUUACUGCAAUGUAAAUUCUGACAGAAGUCCAAACUAUAUCACAGCCGAAUCCUUGCGCAUAGAGUUAAUAGCAGGUGGACUGAAUCGUGCACAAGAAGAGUACAUUAUGUCAAAAAUGAAACCCAAUGAAUUUAGGGAGAUUAAUUUCAUCGACUAUAUGACGUAUAUCCCACUAUUUAUGUCCAUGCAUGAAAACAUUAUGAAUAACCCACUAGACCGAUCCUUCAAAUAUCUUCACAAACGGGAUGAUUAUUUACAACGCGACCAGGUACCGUUAGGAUUGCCAAUGAAAAGAGAAUUCUUAGCAUUGCCACGAAACGUAUUCCCUGUCGGUGGUGCCACAGAAAGUGCCCAGAGCAGAGAUUUUGUAGAAAGUGGUGAACUCAUCGGAAAGCCGGUCAAAAAGCUUCCCAGUAUACGUUCUCGUCAGGGAUCACCAAAACGAAAGAAGUCGCGGAUGUUUCUGUCACUGGACUGAAAAUGUAAAGUUUUAAACUGACUCGGAGAUUGGCCAGUGUGCAAUUCACCUUUCCGUCCAUGUCUAUAAAUAAAAGGUGCUAUGCAAGAGCCGAGAUUUUAUUUGCAUAUUUCUGUUGAUAAGGAUUAAAUUUGCCAAAACGUGACAGAAGACACAUUGAUGCUAACACUUUUCAUACGUGUGACUGAUUAAAUCUGGUAAUACGAUCAGUAUAUUCCCGAAAAUCAGUUUUUUUCCGUCAUAAUUUGUAUUUUCUAUUCAUAGAGCAAGGGUAAUAUACAGAAUACGUGUGUGUUUUAUUCGAAUUGACUGCGACCCCUCCACUUUUACUUACGUUUAUAAUUUAUAUUAAUUUGUAUUAUAUUUACGAACACUACAUUCUUUCAGUUUUCAUCUUGUUUUGUAGCUUGUUAUAAAUGUUGCCCUCGUAAAUUGGUUAGAAUGAAUGUGGCUAUCGAUAGUUGAUGUUCUGAGGGAUUGUUCGCCAGUGAUGAAGUCUGAAGUAUUACAGUUUAGCUUCAUAUCAAUUUGUACAAUGUUUUCUACUAAUAUUCCCUUGAGUGUGUUUAGCUAAAGCUGACUUCAGUAAAUGACGGGUUGGACAGGGGUACAUGAUUUUGUUCGAUUUUGCGGAUUCAAUAUAUUUUAUCGCCAAGAAUAAAUUGUUUUCACAGACGUUAUUAUAUAUUUGUAAAUAUAAUGCAAAAACGAUUCACAAAUCAGCGUCCUUACUAAAGUCGUUAUGAUCAUGAAGUCGUUGUAACGGGUGCUACAAUAAAAAAUAUACACAUUUUAUUCAA